AUGGCGCAGUUGCAGUGCAUGGAUACUCGCCUCGAUACACUCUCUACGGAGUUGUAUCAGGUGAACGUUUGUGUCGAUCGUAUUGCACGACGACAGGCGUCUAUGGGCGGCUUUGCUCUUGAGGCUACUCCUUCACCACCUUCUCCCGUGGCUUCUGCUUCUAAGGAUGAGGAUGAUGAUGAUGUUUUGGUGUACAUGUUCAAUUCCAAGAAGGAUAUGUACUUAAAUUCUGUAUUCUUCUCUUCUGACUUACCUUGGGGGUUUAUGCCUGCAUAUUCAAUUCCCGAAGGAUAUGUACACAAGUAUGGUGGUGAUCUUGCGAGGAAAGCUCACUUGAGGGGCUUCCUAAACAUGCAUGGGGAUUUUCUUGGUGAUUCUGACUCACGGGGGAGUUUUUCUAAGGAAGUGCUUGAUGAUCCUGAUCCACUGGGGAAAAUUCAUCUUUUUGGGACUCACAGGGGAGUUGUGUUUGUAAUUCUGCUCACGAGGGACCUUUCUUGUUUUUGUCUUCUACAAGGUUUACUGCCUUACUUAAGUAGGGUUAGUGCCAGUUAUCUAUUUGCAUGGUAUCGGACUUUGAUGGCCAAGAUAAAGGCCUUGGUGAACACAGCCGACUUCGGCCCAAUCAUGCAUUUACUAGUGCAGGCACUUGAUGAGAGUUGGUGGGACACUACCCAUACAUUCCAUAUUGUUGGGAGGGAGAUGACUGUGACUUCUCACGAGUUCCACCGAAUGACCGGCUUGAGAUCCAAUGGGCCUAUCAUCAACUUGGAGAGUGAUUCAGGCAUUUAUCUAGGCAUAGACCUAGUAGGGUGUGCCUACUCUAGUGAGCGCAUCUGUUACUUCAAUCUGGAGAGGGACUACAUUCCUCUUUCUCAGGCGAUUCCAAAUGAUCGUGCUUGGAUGGCUAAGGCAUUUUUGCUGUAUCUGCUAGGGGCAUAUCUCUUUGCCAAUGGAGGGACAUGGACUACUUUUCUUGGGGUUACUUCUGAUCCUUCUUCAUCGCAGACAAAUUCAGCAUUCCCAUCAUUCAUUGCUGACAAUAGAGCUAAGAAUAGGAGAGAUGAAAAACUGGAGAGGCUAGAAGCACGUCUUGAUAAGGCUCGGGCUUUGAUUUGGGAGGCUGGAAGGACAGAUAACAGUACAUUUGCUCUUGAAGAUGCAGAUUAUGUUCCGCAUGGUGACAUUUACAGGAAUGCAAUCGUCUUUCAUCGGAGUUACCUCCUAAUGGAACGCCUGUUUAAGAUCUUCAUUUACAAAGAGGGAGAACCGCCCAUAUUUCACAAUGGUCAUUGCAAGAACAUAUACUCUUUGGAAGGAAUCUUCCUUAGCUUAAUGGAAACAGAUACCAAAUUCCAAACUUGGGAUCCCGAUGAAGCUCAUGUCUUCUUUCUUCCCUUUAGCGUUGUUAUGAUCAUUGCAUUACUCUUUGAUCCAAUUAUUCGUGACAAAGCUGUACUAGAGCGUACUAUUGUUGGUUAUGUCAAUCUCAUAGCUCACAGGUAUCCAUACUGGAACAGAAGCCUUGGAGCUGAUCAUUUCAUGCUUUCUUGCCAUGAUUGGGGUCCACGAGCAACAUGGUAUGUUCCGCAGCUUUAUUUCACUUCCAUCCGAGUACUAUGUAACGCGAAUACCUCAGAACACUUUAAUCCAAAGAAAGAUGCAUCAUUUCCUGAAAUCAACCUGGUAACUGGGGAGAUUACUGGUCUCACUGGUGGCUUGCCCCCGUCUAAUCGCACAAUCCUAGCAUUCUUUGCCGGUGCCAUGCAUGGCCGAAUUAGACCAGCACUUUUCCAGCAUUGGAUGGGGAAAGACAAAGAUGUACUAGUUUAUGAGAGACUCCCUGAAGGACUUUCAUACUAUGAAAUGAUGAAGAAGAGCAAGUACUGCAUUUGUCCAAGUGGGCAUGAAGUUGCAAGUCCAAGAAUUGCUGAGGCAAUCUAUUCAGAGUGUGUUCCAGUGUUAAUAUCACAGCAUUAUGUCCUUCCAUUUAGCGAUGUUCUUAAUUGGGACUCUUUCGCAAUUCAAGUUUCAGUGAGUGAAAUACCAAACCUCAAGAAAAUCUUGUUGGGGAUACCUGAUGAUCAGUAUGUUAGAAUGCAGGAGAGAGUGAAGCAGGUCCAACGACAUUUUGCAGUCAACGAUCCUCCCAAGAGAUAUGAUGUUUUCCAUAUGAUAAUACAUUCAAUUUGGCUCAGGAGAUUGAAUUUUAACAUUAAUAGAUGA